UGACAACCUUGCAGGACCCACCUUAACCCUACAAGGCUCCCAUAUCUGCUCCGGCGUCCAUUCAACCUACCAGCCCACCCACCGGACGAUCAACCAUGGUGUCAAUGGGACGCCAAAUGCUUGGCUUCUGCCUGGCCAUCAUCGGCGCGGUCGGGACCAUCAUCGUCUGCGCUCUGCCCAUGUGGAAGGUGACCGCCUUCAUCGGGGCCAACAUCAUCACGGCGCAGGUCAUCUGGGAGGGCCUGUGGAUGAACUGCGUGGUCCAGAGCACGGGGCAGAUGCAGUGCAAGAUCUACGACUCGCUGCUGCAGCUGCCGCAGGACCUGCAGGCCGCCAGAGCGCUGGUGGUCGUCUCCAUCAUCGCCGGGGCCUUCGGGGUGCUCCUGGGCAUCGCCGGGGGCAAGUGCACCAACUUUGUGGAGGAAGAGCGGGCCAAGUCCAGGGUGGCCAUCGCCGCCGGGGUCAUCUUCAUCAUCGCCGGCGUGCUCGUCCUCAUUCCCGUGAGCUGGUCGGCCAACACCAUCAUCCAGAACUUUUACAACCCCAUCCUCACCAACCCUCAGCGGAGGGAGAUGGGGGCCGCGCUGUACAUCGGCUGGGCCUGCGCCGGCCUGCUGAUCCUGGGAGGGGCCCUUCUUUGCAGCUCCUGCCCCCCCAAAGAGGACGCGCCGGAGUACCCAGUGAAGUACUCCCAAGCCCGAUCAAACGCCACCAGCCGGGCCUACGUCUAAGGACGCCACGCUUAAAGACGAUUCAGAGAAGCUAUUUAAUUAAGAUAUAUACACCUUCGUGACCUUUGUGGCUCUGGAACAGGUCCAGGACAACACUGACCUUUCAAAAUGGGACAUGUGAUUUCCAAUUUUUGAAGUCACUUUCUCUGUGACGAAAGAGAAUGAUUGUUCAGAGGACGACGCAACUGUUGGGGGUUUGAUCGGGCCCCCAAAGGGUGGGAAACCUAACCGACUGCGACGAGCGCCAUGCUAUGCUACCUGUGUACUGAAUAUACAAUACACACAUGUUGGACUUGUUUGAUUUUAAAACCAACGUCUGUGACAACUGUGAUGAAGAAAUUGUCUUUCUUUGGUUAAGAAUUGUAUGUACAUAUUGUUUGACUUUUACUAAUGUUAUAUUGCUAUCAUUCACAAGUCCAUUGUGUUUCGUAUACAUGCAUAUCAUACUGUUUAUUUUUUAUUAAAAAAUCUUUCAUUCACCCAAUAUUGGUUGCCUGUUUGGUCUGUCUUAUCAUUUGCUGUGAAAGUCUCACCAUGACACAAGUGCCAGUUAAUUUUCAUUAAUAUCUUAAAAUAUUGAUUCACUAGUCUCCAGAAAGGUUGAUCUCAGGAUUUUACCUCUUUCACCUCUAAAAUUCAGCUGGUCAUGCUCAUUCAAAGACCUGCCUUUUUUAAAGUGUCAGUAGGAUUUCAAUCUGACUCCACAAAUGACCUAGCUGCUCAGUGUGAGAAGGAAGUUACACCAGAGUAAUAUAUUUAUGUACAUUUUUGUAUGUUUAGACGACGACUUUGUUGAUUCAUGAUCAGAACCAAGUUACUGAACC